UAGUUCACUUCCGCGUUCUUUGCAUAGCAACAGGAGGGAAAAUGAAGAUGGCGGACAGCGGAGACCCCCGUGUUUAGGUAAACAGCAACAGCAACAGUAACAGUGUGCGCAGAGUCAGGAACUAAGGAGACCCGGAGGAGCCUAAGGGGUUCAUUGAGACACCUGCAGGAGCGGUGAAGUCCUCCUGCGGCGCCAUGGCCUCCAACACCGGCCGGCUGAGCCAGCAGGCCCUGGCGGUGCUGGACGUGGCGUUGCGGGUCCCCUGCAUUUUCAUCAUCGACGCCAUUUGUAACUUCCACUCUGAUCCGGCGGAAGGCUGGACCGGGACAGCUGGACAGGUUUUACUGCGGGUGUUGGGUAUCGCGAUGUGCAGUAUUGUGCUGGUGUUGUCCCAGAAGUCCCUGUUUAAGUUCUACAGUCUGCUGGUGGGCAUGCUGCUCGGAUCCACCGCCGUGCUGCUAAACUUCUACGUGACGUCGCAUGCGGACUCGUACAGAGCGGCGCCGAGCUUCGGGCUGCUCCCCCGUGCCAGACCCGUGCUGUGGCUGGCCAUGGCUGCUGUACAGCUGUUGUUAGCCUCGGGCUACGUGCUGCUGCUCGGCGUGAAGUCGCCAUAUUCCACCUUGAUGAUGCUGGACGUCCUGGUGCCCGUGUCCGGGCUUUUCAUGGAGCUUCCCGUGGACGUGAGGCGGACGUUGGCGGUGGUCUCGGGAUCGGUGCUGGGUCUGAACACCGCCGUGUGCCUGCUCGUCCGCUUUAGGAGACUCUACUUCUCGUGCCGUUACGUGUACUUACUGGUGCGGCACAUGUACCGCAUCUACGGCUUACAGCUGCUUCUGGAGGACACGUGGAAGAGGAUCCGAGUGCCGGACGUGCUGCGGGUUUUCUGGCUCACCCGUGUCGCAGCGCAGGCCGUGGUGCUGAUCUACGCGGUGAGAUUGGCUAAGGUGGAGGAGAGCGGACAGGCCGUGUCCUACAUGACGUGGGACGUGUUCUGGGAGCUCUGCAGCAGUCUGAUCAUCGGCGGCUGCGAUUCGACGCUCACCGUGCUGGGCAUGAGCGCCGUGAUCUCGUCUGCGGCGCACUACCUGGGCCUGGGCGUCCUGACGUUCAUCGGCUCGGCCGAAGACGAGGAGGACCGGCGGCUGGGCUUCGUGGCGCCUGUGCUCUUCUUCAUCCUAGCUCUGCAGACGGGGUUAAGCGGCCUGCAGCCGAGCGAGCGUCUGGUGCGCCUGAGCAGGAACCUGUGCUUGCUGCUGACCGCCGUGCUGCACUUCGUCCACGGCAUGACCGAGCCGGUGCUGAUGGCGCUGAGUGCCUCGCACGUGCAGUCCGUGCGCCGCCACGCUCCCGCUCUUCUCGUGUCUCUGGUGCUGUUGACGCUGCCGGUGGUGUUGAGCGGCAUGCUGUGGCGGCGCUACGUGCUCAACACGUGGCUUUUCGCCGUCACCGCGUUCUGCGUGGAGUUGUGCCUGAAGGUUCUGGUGUCGCUCACGGUCUACGUGCUCUUCAUGAUGGACGGUUAUUACGGCACGCUCUGGGAGAAGCUCGACGAUUACGUGUACUACGUGCGCUCGGCCGGAAACGUGGUCGAGUUCGUCUUCGGGAUCGUCAUGUUCGGGAACGGCGCCUACACCAUGGCGUUUGAGUCGGGCAGCAAGAUCCGCGCGUGCAUGAUGUGCCUGCACGCCUACUUCAACAUCUACCUGCAGGCUAAGAGCGGCUGGAGGACGUUUGUCAAGCGGCGUGCCGCCGUACGCCGGAUCCACUCUCUGCCCGAGGUCACGGGCACCGAGCUGCGCGGCGUCGAGGACGUCUGCGCCAUCUGCUACCAGGAGUUUGCGACGGCUGCCCGCGUCACGCCGUGCCACCAUUACUUCCACGCGCUCUGCUUGCGCAAAUGGCUGUACAUCCAGGACACGUGCCCUAUGUGCCAUCAGAGAGUGUACGUCGAGGACGACGUGCACCAGCGCGCGCCGUUCUCCAACAACAACGGCCAGGCGCCGGCUGGAGACGAGCAGGCGGGGUUUGAAGCGGCGGGAGGAGGCGGGGCCGAAGUGGGACAGGCAGCAGGUGCCGGGGCGGAGCCAGAAGACGAGCUGCUGGAGGAUAAUGACAGUAUAGAGUAUGAUGAAGACGAGUGGGGGGCGCAGAGCGCAGCGAGCCCUGUGGAGGAGGACUACAUUAACGACGACACGGACUCCAAUACCGACUGAAAUGAAUUUUACAUGUAAAAAUAAUGUAUGUAGGAAAUUGUUCCAGAUCAGGGAUUUGCUCUUUUAUGAUUUGUGAGUGUGGUGGUGCGUGAGUGUGUGUGUGUGUGUGUGUGUGUGUUUUGGGGGGGCGGUUUGGAGUGUGUGUGCUUGUUUUGUCUUUGUAUGUCUGCGUCACUCAAAAGGGCUGAUUGUGUGGAGUUAAAGUGAACUGAAAGGUGAGUGCAUUCCAAAGCCAGUGGUGAAAAGUCAGAGACACUUUUUUUCUUUCUUUCUUUUUUUCUUUUUUGUGCGCUGAUGGAAGGCAUGGACGGAGUGUUUGCUGCUCGACUGAGAGAAUUCCUCUCGUCUCCUCUCUGGCUGCCCUGCUUACGCCAUGAGAGGUCAAAGGUGACAUACUACUUACUGUAAUCACACAGAUUUACCUCUUAAUGGCUACUACUGGUCUCUUGUGUGACCUUGCUUUAAUUUUAUGUACGUUGUUGUACAUGGCGUUAAAAAGAAAAGGAAAAAAAAAAAACCCAGACGGCGCGCUUUCCCGUGUUCUCCGAGGAGCGUCUCACUUCGCCACCAUAUCUGUGUUAAACUGCACGUUUCAGUUCGGUCGCAGGUUUGUUUGUUUGUUUGUUUGUUUGUUUUCUAUGGUUUUAAAUGUGGCACUUGCUGUCGUUUUUGCACUCUGUUAACCGUUCCACAGUAAAUCUAACGCUCGUGUCUUCAGAUUUUCACCGGAGCUACGAGGCCGUCGUAGCUAACGGGGAACGGAAAUUUCCGGAAAUAGGAUUUGUAUAAUGGUAUAAUUAAGUCCUGGACUUAAUAAUAAAAAAUAAAAGUUGUAGCAGAGUUUUAGUUCAGUUUUGCUUUUGUCUAAAAGAGAAAGUUCUUACUAGAGUGUAGUUGGAGUUCAUAAAGCUCCUCGAUGGAUCUCCAUCGAAGCACGUUUUUUAAUGAACCUCUCAUCAUGGGGAUGUGGGAUAUAUCGCCACUGCCUUCCACAGUGUUAUUUUAGGAGGACAAUUGCACAUACACAUGUAUACACACACAAUAAGGUCAAAAGUAUGUGCACACCCAUAUGUGCUUGAUAAACAUCCUGUUCCAGACUUAUUCCUCAUUUGCUGUUCUAAUGCGCUGCACUCGUCUGUGAAGGCUUUCCACUAGAUUUUGGGGCGUGGCUGUGGGAAUUUGUGAUCAUUCAGCUACAAGAGUAUUAGUGAGCAUGAGCUCAGGCUGUUAUGUUGGAAUGAUGAGAAGGCUCCAGCUCCAGUUCGUCCCAAAAGUGAUCAGUGGGGUCGAGGUCAGGGCUCUGUGCAGGACACUCGAGAUCUUCCACCUCCUUCCAACCUUAACACACCACGUCUUCACGGAGCUCGCUUUGUGCACAGGGGCUCAAAGGAAAUUUUGAAAAAUCGUAAAGCUGCAGCGUAUAAAGACGUUCUCUACAACUGUGUGCUUCAGACUUUGUAGAAACGGUUUGGGGAAGAACCACGUACGGGUGUGUAUGAACUUUUGGCCGUAUAGUGUGCAUGUAUACAGUAUAUAUUUAAUAUGGGUCGAUUCAACAUGAGCUCCACCUAGGGUUAAGUAAAUUAAAUCAUGCCUAGGUUUUUUUCUUUUUCCAACAGGAAGUAGUAAUGGUCAAUGGCUCUAAUAAAGUAGUGUGUGGACAGAUGAUUGAUUGGUUUAGUAUCCCGUUGCUGCUGCAUGUCUCGUUACACUGAGCCUCGUUUAUCAGAUUUGGAUACUGGAAAUUCUACAUUGUAAAUCGAUCGCAGGAAAAUUUACGAAAGAAAUUUUGGUGUCAAAAAGAAGAGGAAGAGGAAGUCAAAAAAGCAAACUCUUUAUUUAAAAUAAAUAAAUAAAUUGCAAACUUUUUAAGAAGUGGAGAAAGUUUUUAUUUAAAACGGUUACUUCUUGUCUCUAUACGCCUCAUAGCUCCAGUGCAAAACUAAAGAAACAAACAUCAGACACCAAGUGUCUGGCAAGUUUUUGUUGUUGUUUUGUUUUGUUUUGUUUUGUUGUUUUUGUUUUUUUUGUCGCCGAACUGUUCCUUAAACAUAUGAGCCACUGAAUGUUGAUUGUUCAUGUCAAGGGUUCUCUGACUGCUCUUAUAAAGAUCUGGUGUGAGAGUGCUGAUCUUGGAUCAGUUUUUGCCUUCCUAACCAUCAGCAGUGAAAUUAUAGAACAUAUUUAACAAUAACUCUAUUUUUUGAAAAAUGUCUCUUCCCUCCCAAACCAUGACGGUGCAUGUGGAGUACAACUCCAGCCUUUUCAGGUCAUGUUAAAUCAGAUUCCACGGACGCUUUAGUUAGCGUCAGUGGAAUUUCACAGCAGAGUGAAGCUGAUCAAACAGUAGCUCUCAUUCUCACCGCGUCUCUGCGGUUAUUUAAGAAUCGAAUGUUUUGCAAAUAUCGAAUUAUUUAAGUUUUUGCAACAUGUCCCCCAUUGCUGAAGGUUUUUUGUUUUGUUUUUUUGGUUGCGGUAGAGCUCUUGUGUCCAUGUGUUCGGACAAGAAACAGUCAACUAUAUGCUGAAUUAGGGAAUGGAAAAUUCCACUUUUCAACAUGAAACAUACUUCUAGACGCCAAAAUGAAAUAACUCUCUCCGAUUGAAUCAACAGUAUUGAGCAGCGUCUGACCCGAGAUCAGCUCAAUGGGCGCUAUACUCUCAUUGUCUUAAAAAGGGAAGAAAACGAAGGAAGGAUUUCCGGGAUUGGAUUUGGAUCUGAAUAUUCAGUUGAUGGAGUCGUAGUGGAAUUGUUCAAAUUGUUAAGAGGUGUUAAUAAAUUCUAUUUAAUAA